AUGAAGAGCCAGAACCACGGACUCUCCACAAGCUUUGGGUCAAGUGCCUCGCCGACGGACCCUCGUCAUGAAUCUCCCAGUGAUCCAGAGUUAGAACCCAGAAAGAGGUCACGAAAAAGUACAAUAAUGGAUGCUCUUAGACGUGGUAUCAGUCAGACAGACGCAGUUUCUGUCCCUUCUCGUCAAAUGUCGACUUCAUCCCUCCCACGAUUCCCAAAUCGAUCACGCUCGUCAACUAGUACUGGUAGAUCUCCCGCUUCGCCAACUGGUCUCCCUUUCUAUCGACACAACGAAGCGCUCGAUUCGAUAUCCCUUCCUGCUGUACCAACCACCAAUAUCAAAUAUCUGAGAGAUCUGGACCUAGCUAACGCUGCUGUUGCCCAAAUGAUGGAUCGAAUGGAACCUUUCCCAGGAAGUCGCUGGAGAGGAGUGGUUGGUUUCGACAUGGAGUGGACUGUUGGCCUCGGUAUGGCUCAGCGAAAGACUGGUCUUAUUCAGCUUUCGGAUACUAGGACCAUAUUGCUCAUUCAAAUAUCGGCGAUGGACUCUUUCCCCCAUAUGUUAAAAGGCCUCAUUUGCUCCGGUACGAUACUGAAAGUCGGUGUGAAUGUUGUACUCGAUAUGAAAAAGCUCUGUCGGGACUUUGGCUCAUCUUAUGCAGCGCGCGGAGUACUUGACCUCUCCGAUUUGGCACGUACUGUCGAUGUCGGACUCGUUGGAACUAAGAUCGAUGAUCUCGACUCGAAUAGAGCAAGCAUGGGUGUUGGCGUCUUCAGAGCCGAUGAAAUCACCAAACGCGACGACCCGACUAAGUCCGAUAGUGAGAAUGAUAUAUCGGGGGAAGAGGGUACGCCAGCUCCUGGCGCCAAUGGAACGAGGGCAACCAGUAAAAAAGCAAGCACGAUCGACAUAAUCUCUGCUGGACGAAGAAUAAUUUCCUUCGCUCGACUUGCCCGGAGGUACCUAGGACGUGAUCUUGAGAAGGGCGAUGUCCGAACGAGUGACUGGGAAAGGGUACUAACGGCGCAACAAAGACUGUAUGCUGCAAACGACGCUCAUGCCGGACUAGCGCUAUAUUACGCUCUUCGAAUGCUUCACUCCCGCUCGGUGGCAAAUGGUUCAAUUCCUGUCCCCUCGCCUGCUCCUUGGGAAAAUCAAACAUCUUCCGAAGAAAUAAAAGACUCUCCAUCCGGGCGGCAACCAGCUCCACCGCCAUUUCGGUCUAAGGCAACAAACUCCAAAACAUUAAUUGAACGGAAGUUUAUACCGCCCAGCGAGCUCCAAAAUCUCACAGCGUUGCAACUGGAAUCUAUUUUACCCUGGGACUCGCUGGUCAAGGAUUUGCAUGCUGAAUUUGAAAACGCACGGGCAGCAGUGUUGGUCAAGCGGGAGAAGGAAGGAGUCGAUUUAAAAGGCAGAGGGGAAGCAGUCGUCACGGUCGAAACGAUCGAGCCGUCUGAACAAGCGCAUGCUACACUAGAAGCGCAUGUACCCGAUUUGCAGAGUGCUACGGCCGGCAGUAGCUCAAUAUUCAACCCACUUGGCGAUACACACUAUGACAACCUCCAGUCGGGAAACACACGAACGUUAGCAAGCGAAGACAAACGACGCAGUAUUCGCCAAAGGCAUGCAUUUCAAGACAAGGAAAACGAGGCUUUGGGAAAGAAAUGGCCACCAAGUCGUAACUUUACUUUAUAUCCCGCCGGGUCACGGUCGCUAGCAUCUUCAUCUACUACGUCGUCGAUACCCCGAUCUGUUUCUGUGAUCAAAACACCCCUGAGCAGCGACGAAAUGGACCCUCAACUUCAGGAGCCAACUCGCUUGGUUGUAAAUACUAGGUAUGCUGGCUCGUCCUCACUCAAUGAUGACACACGGUCGGUCCUGCAACAGCCUCGCGCCUAUAUACUCUGGCAUAAACAACGGCUCUCUCUAUCCCAAAUUUGCGCUUCAAUGCGGUCGGGCGGGAAUCCGCUCACGAAAAGUACAGUAAUCUCAUACAUCAUUGAAACGCUUAAGGCCAACGACAAACUACCUUUUGAAGCGAGCAGGCUCAAAGAUCUGAUUGCUUUGGAUAAGACUGGCUGGGUUCGGGAGAACUACAGGCAAUUCCUUGAAGCUAAGGUCGGGCCCUUAUAA